AUGACUUCUUACACCAUCUCACAACUUGAAAAGUUCAAAGUCACUCAGCUGAAAGAUACAUGCAAAUCGUUGAACAUCGCUGGGUAUUCCAAACUCAACAAGACCGCACUUAUCGAGCGUAUACUUGCGGCAAAUAAUACCGAUCAUUCUGACUCUUCAUCUCUAACGCCCGUCAAGAAAUCUCUUUCCAUCGACUCAAAUGUGUCGAAAUCUACCAUCAUCAACGACUCUACUGCCUCAGAAAAGACUCCGAUUACCGCGACGAAGGAAAAAGAACGCGUUACAACAAAACGCAAAUUGAACUGCCAAUUAUCGGAAUCCUCUACUACAUCUGACAGUCAGAAUCCUGCUCCGCCAUGUCCAGCACUUGUUAGAAAGACAAUUUCGAAGGAACUGCCUUCAAUCAAGAACUCGUCCACGACUAUCACUACUCAUACUGAACAUCACACGACCUCUGAAUCUAACCCAAUCACUCACGCUAACACCUCAGUGACCAAGUCAUCUUCUCAUGCCGCCAAGACUACUUCAACUGUCCCUUCUGAACCCAUUCAACCUCCAAUUGCUUCCACGGACACUCGUGCUUCUCUUAACAAGACGACCUCGGCUCCUGUGAUGAAGAAAAGUCGACCUGCAGAUAAAACCACACGGAAGAAGAUGCCCCUGUCCAAGCCUCACUUCACGCCUAUCUCCAAAAAUGUCUCCAAGAUACCAUCUCGUGUGCCGUUUCCCAACUUUACUCCACUGAAGAAAAUCGUCAAAUCCCCCGAACUGCCCACUACGAAUCUUUCAACGCCCCGUAAUUCUAUGUCCCCGCCAGCAUUAUCUACCGAAGCUGAGAGAAGAGAUUACAUGAAAGGUCACUUCCUCAACUCUCUCUUUCAUCAGCUUCGUGCUUGUCGAACGACCCCUUUGUCCACCUUGACCGACUCUCUGGAGUUCACAGGAUUCUCUCGUGACCUUUAUCGCCAAACUUGCCCGGAAGGGUUUCUAGUCGCCAUACGUUUUUACAUUUCACGACUGCAUACCGCUCUUCAGCUGGGAUCAGGACAAGAUUGGAGUGUCAUGGGUAAUGGUCACGGGUUGUUCUCUCCUGACUUGACCACUUGGCCAACUAUCACAGCUUGUGAAUCCUUGUCGGCGGACUUAUGGUGGGUACAAGUAUCUCAUUCGGGUCCUGCCGUUCAGAGGAUGACAAGAUUCAUCGUGAUUGCUAUCACGGGAGAGCCUAUCGGUCAGCUCACUAAGGAUCACAAAUCUUUCAACGAUACUUGGUUAUCCGAAAUCGAUCUGCGCGCCGAUUGGAGGACUUUCCUAGAUCUAUCUCUCAACUCAAAGGCGAUAGAGAAGAACAAGCAUUCUAUGAUAAUGGAGUUAGUCAAGACGAAAGAUCGAACUGCUUAUCCUGGAGGUAUUUCGAGUGCUUGGCGUAAUAGAUUGCCGAUGGCUUGUGUUACAGAGUCGAUACGAGUCGCAGAGAGGGCUGUACUAUCCUCAUGCGCCCUCAACAGUUUCUCAGGUGAACAGCGGUCAGCUUUGGAGAUGGAGGCAGAGCAACAAGGUCGAAUAGUGUCAGGAUCAACUCAUGCAACUCGAGGUCUUGAGAUCUACCUCCCAGAAGCUGGUCAAGUGCUUUCUGUUCAUUUCCCACCCACAUAUCAUCCAGCGUUAGCUGUAGUACAUCGCGGAUCGGGGACUUCGGACAUCGUGUUACGUGAAACUGGACAGGUGGUGGGUGACGAAGAUUGUGGUGUGGCAUCUUUAUGGCAGGGAAUGUUAGGAUGUGAUGAUAGGGGUAGGAAAGAUGAUAGAAUAUCCCAAGAGUUUUUCAAGAAUUGGGAGAAGAGGAUGAGUGGGGAAGAUAUGUGA